CCCUGUCUUCCCUGCGUCGGCUGGCUAGACCCACACACUUCGGCUGCACAUUCUUUGUUUAGAUCUGCUGAUGCCUUCUUUCACUGGGAACGGUCCAGUCCUGCCCGCCUGGCACUCAGCUCUGUGGAUCUGAGGUUUUACUUCCUCUCUUUCCAACUGCGAGGGGUGGGGAUGGAGUGGCAAUCUCAUUGCUCCUUCCUCUCCUGGCCCCUCUUGCCUUCUCCUGGAGACCCAGGUUAAGUGGGCAGAGGAUUCCGAGGGUCCUCUCCUGCCGUGGGAUUGCACAGAGGGCUGGGUCCGCAGGCUGGCUAAAAGGACCUAGCCCAGGAUUGCGAGGCAGUGCCCUCCCCGCAGCUGCACAGCCUCCGGCGCCCGACGCAAAGCCCAGCAGGGGCGUGUCCGCGCGCUUACCUGCCAUUGGCCAGGUGGGGCCGUCGGCCGCCUGAAGUGCCUGUGCUAUAAGUGCGGAACGGGUGACUGCGGAGCCAGGCGCGGCGCAGGAUGGUGGACAGCGUAUACCGGACCCGUUCCCUGGGGGUGGCAGCCGAAGGGCUCCCGGACCAGUACGCGGACGGGGAGGCGGCGCGCGUGUGGCAGCUGUAUAUCGGGAACACCCGCAGCCGCACCGCCGAGUACAAGGCAUGGCUGCUCGGGCUGCUGCGACAGCACAGCUGCCAGCGAGUGCUCGACGUGGCCUGUGGCACUGGGGUGGACUCCAUUAUGCUGGUGGAAGAGGGCUUCAGCGUGACGAGUGUGGAUGCCAGUGACAAGAUGCUGAAGUAUGCACUUAAGGAGCGCUGGAACCGGCGGCAUGAGCCUGCCUUCGACAAGUGGGUCAUUGAAGAAGCCAACUGGAUGACUCUAGACAAAGAUGUGCCCCAGUCAGCAGAGGGUGGCUUUGAUGCUGUCAUCUGCCUUGGAAACAGUUUCGCUCACUUGCCAGACUGCAAAGGUGAGAGAGGGUGUGGCCUUGGGCAUGGCCCCCACCUUGAGCUGUACCCCCUUCCACAGACCUCUGGGCACCUGCUCUCCUGCAAAGCAGACUCUCUGCCUCUCUCUGCUUUGGCUCUGGCACCCCUGGGGAGGGGAGAGAUGGGAGGGAGACUGGUGCUGGGGGCCCUGAGCAGAUGGAGCCUUUCUGCCCCUGCCUGGUGCCCAGGGGACCAGAGUGAGCACCGGCUGGCGCUGAAAAACAUUGCGAGCAUGGUGCGAGCAGGGGGCCUGCUGGUCAUUGAUCACCGCAACUACGACCACAUCCUCAGCACAGGCUGUGCACCCCCAGGGAAGAAUAUCUACUAUAAGAGUGACUUGACCAAGGACAUCACAACAUCAGUGCUGAUAGUGAACAACAAGGCCCACAUGGUGACCCUGGACUAUACAGUGCAGGUGCCCGGGGCUGGCCAGGAUGGCUCUCCUGGCUUGAGUAAGUUCCGGCUCUCCUACUACCCACACUGUCUGGCAUCCUUCACGGAUUUGCUCCAAGCAGCCUUCCGGGGCAAGUGCCAGCACAGCGUCCUGGGCGACUUCAAGCCUUACAAGCCAGGCCAAGCCUACGUUCCCUGCUACUUCAUCCACGUGCUCAAGAGGACAGACUGAGUGUGGCCUCAGCUCCCACAAGCCUCCGCCCAGGCACUGCUAGGCUCUGUCUGGAAGAUGGGGACCAGCAGCCCCACACCAGGGCCAGCCUCUAGAGCAGACUACAGCUGGGGUGCAGGGAUGUGGGUUCUGCAGAUGGAAGGGUAAACAAUAUAGUCUGUGCCUUUUUCAGUUCCUG